AUGGUUUUGUCCCAAUUGGCUUUUCUUGGUAAGUUGAACAAUCUUCUUUACAUAUUUCAAGAAGAGAAGAGAAAGGCAAACUAUGGAGCAAUAUGGUUGCUUUGCUUCUUUUGUUGCAUUUUUGUAUUCCAAGUCAUGAAACUCGGAACAACACAACCUUCAAAAACAUCUUCCAUCGCUGUUAUCGAUAGCCCAAUCUCUUCUGAUAAGCUCUUUGACAGGAGAGAAUACUGGAGAGAGCGUCCCCCAUCUACUUACUGCCUCAAAAUCUCAUCGUUCACUAAACUCGCCACUUCUCCAAACACUCAGAAGUACGAUUCCCUUCCUUUUGCAUCCGAUGGAUACAAUUGGACACUUACUGUGUAUCCUAAAGGAAACAAAAACGAGGAUGGUGAUGGACAGGUUUCCCUUUACGUACAAAUAGACAACUCUACACUCCUUAACUCUCCUAAAGAAGUUGACCCAGAAAUCAAGUUCUUCAUUUAUAAUCAGAAAGAGGAUAACAAGUACUUGACUUAUCAAGAGACGGACGCAAAACGCUUUUUUCUCUUCAAACCCUAUUGGGGACAGCCUCGGACUAAAUCCUAUGACGAGAUAGCCAAUCCCGGUAACGGUUACCUUUUCGACAAAGGCCAAAUUUUGUUCGGUGUUGACGUGUUGGUCACUGAAACUUUUAACAAAUGGGAAGUGUUCUCCUUCACUGAGAAUUUGCAUAAUCGGUUUUACAAAUGGGAAAUCACAAGCUUCUCGUCACUAGAGAAACAGUUCUAUUUAUCGGAUGAGUUUACCAUUGGAGGAAGAAACUGUAUGGACAAUGAUACAUUGAAGGUUGAAAUGGAGUUUGAAUAUUUCUCUAAAACAAAAUACUUUCCGAGUUAG